AUGGCUCCAUUCCACGAUGACGAUUCGGAGGCUCCAGAAUAUAAUGAUCGGGCAUACAAACGUCAGCUCGGUGGAUGGUUGAGCUAUGCUUUCGCCAGUGAAGUGUUCGUCAUCGUUUCCUUAACGCUAUUCCUACCCAUCUGUCUCGAACAAUUUGCUAGAGACAACGGCUUUCUUCUACCCGACCGCACGCAACCUUGUACGUCCGCCCUUCCAACUCCUGCAAAGGCGCCGAAGGGUGAAGAAGAACGCUGCGUGGUGAAGCUUGGAUGGAUGUGGAUAGAUAGUGCGAGCUUCAGCUUGUAUGUCUAUUCUAUAUCUGUCGCAUUACAGGCUCUCACUGUCAUCUCCAUGGGCGGAAUUGCCGACCACUCGGCUCACCGAAAACGCCUUCUACUGGCUUUCGCAGGCCUUGGCUCCGCUUGCGCGACAUUGUUCCUAGCCCUUCCCUCUUCCUCCCCAGUGUGGGUUCUCGCCGCACCACUCGCAAUCCUGGCAAACGUAGGGUUUGGGGCUUCCAUUGUUGCGCUGAAUGCGUACCUUCCUGCACUUGCGCGUGGAACCAAGGAGGUCAUUGCCACGCGUACAGCACUUUGGCGCCUCAACAAUGCACAUCCUCUUGACUUGUCUGACGACUCACCAUCAUUAGAAUGCGAGUCAGAACACCCCGAGGAAGAAGCGCAGCCUCAUCACCCGCUACUCUCGCACCAAGUACCAGCUACAGAUGCCGAUGUGGUGGCUGCCAAAGCUGCCCAUGAUAGCGCGCUCUCUAGCGCAACAGCUCGUAUUUCUGCUCAGGGCAUAGCGCUUGGAUAUGCGGCAGGUAUAGCAAUGCUCCUACUCGCACUGGUUCCUGUGCGCAUGCUGGGCGGAUCGACAUUCGCCCUGCGUCUUGCUGUGGGACUCAGUGGGUUGUGGUGGGCUCUCUUCUCUGUACCUGCUGCAAUAUGGCUUCCGGGGUCCUCUGACAUUGAACCCAAGUCAUCUCUGUCUCUGGCCGACGGGGAAGCAGGGGGUAUAGAAGAAGGGGAACGCGAGAGAUGGAAUACAUGGAGGGAAGUCCGGAACGCGUGGAGGAGAUUGGGUGGAAUGUUGCAAUGGCGGGAGAUCAGAAGGCUAAGAAACACCUUCGUCUACCUUUUCGCGUGGUUUCUACUGUCUGAUGGCUUCACGACUAUAACCUCCACUGCAAUUCUGUUUGCGAAGACGACUCUACAUAUGACGCCGUUCUCUUUGAUUAUCAUUGGAGUACUCACCCCCACCGCAGGGAUCCUAGGUUCCCUGAUAUGGCCCGUGCUCCAGCGGCGUGCUGGUUGGACGAAUCUCCGCAUACUUGUGACACUUGUAGGUAUGGGAUCUGCAAUUCCGGCAUAUGGGUGCCUUGGGUUCCUGCCCAUCUUCCAGAAGGGUGCACAUGUUGGUGGUCUCACGACUCCGGGAGAGAUGUAUGUUCUUGCUGUGUAUUUCGGUUCGGUAUACGGGGCUUUCCAGGGUUACGCACGUGCAUUCUACGCGGAGCUCAUUCCUCCCGGGGAAGAAGCUCGAUGGUAUGGUCUAUUCUCCAUCACGGACAAGUCGAGCUCCUUCGUCGGGCCCCUUAUCGUCGGCCUCAUUGCAGACACGACUGGUAACAUCCGCUACGCAUUCUUCUUCCUCGUGCUUAUGAUUUGGCUGGCCAUCCCGGCCCUAAUGAGUGUGGACGUGGAGCGAGGACGGGAGGACGCAAGGGCAUAUACAUACCACUUGUCUCCAUAA